AUGGCUGAAACACAAUUCCAAAUCAUAUCUGAUCUUCAUCUGGAAUCCCCGGAUGCAUAUGAAAUCUUCCUCGUCAACCCAAAGGCGCCAUAUUUAGCAUUAAUCGGCGAUAUUGGUUACGUCAAGGACGCAGGCUUCUUUCACUUUCUUCGCAACCAACUAAAAAUCUUCCGCAUUGUCUUCCUGGUUUUGGGCAAUCAUGAACCAUAUCACAGCAGUUGGGCUGAAACAAAGUCACGUACCAAACGAUUUGAAGCCGAACUCGACGAGAGUUUCAAGCGAGGCGAGACGCUCGGCCAACUUGUCUUCCUCGACCAAACACGCUAUGACCUUUCGCCGACUCUUACCAUUCUCGGAUGCACUUUGUUCUCGCAAGUAGCCCAAACACAGAAGGAAAGCGUCAGUUUUGGCCUGAACGAUUUUUAUUAUAUUCGUGAUUGGUCAGUUGAAGCACACCAAGAAGCGCACCGAGCUGACCUUGAGUGGCUCAAUCGUGAAAUCGAUUCUAUUUCGCGCUUGGAACCUGGUCGCAGAGUUGUUGUGCUCACCCAUUACUGUCCAUUGAUUAGCGAGAACGUUGUUGAUCCGAAACAUGGACACAGCAAGAUUUCCUCCGGUUUCAUGACCGAUUUGUCAUGCGAAUAUUGCUGGAAAGGAGAGGUUGUCAAGCUUUGGGCUUUUGGUCACACGCAUUUCAAUUGUGAUUUCCGAGAUGCAGAGACUGGGAAAAGAGUGGUUUCCAACCAAAGGGGGUUAUUACUUCUCUCAGGCAGAAGAUUUUGA